AUGAUCCGGGAACUGUUACAUGAGGUACCGUUCCCCGUGACAGCUAUCCUGGUUUUAGCAUGGCUGCUUCUACUGUGGCGUUUCUGGAUGUUCACUAUGAAGCCCCUGAUGCGGCCAUCCGAUCCAAAAGAGCUUCCGUAUUGGAUCCCAUAUGUCGGUCACACACUUGCCUUCUUCAGAGCUUCUGAUAAGCUUCUAGAGCGCGGCUUGAACUACAUGAACCGCAGCCACGAGAUAUUCGCCGUCCGUGUUCUAGGAAAAAAGAUCUAUAUUAUCACUGAGCCCGCCGACGUCACUGCCGCCUUUCGUGAUAGUGAGGGACUCAGCUUCGACGGAUUGCUGGGCCGGUUACUCAGGAACUUCAACGUCAAACCGGAAGCAUUUGAGCGUGCCUGGCACAAGCCACAGCCCGGAGAUUGGUGCUAUAUCCCCAAUAACCCCCUGAACCCGGACCAACUCGACUUGAUCCACUUCGUGGAGGCGGUUUAUAAAAAGCAACUUCUUCCCGGGGAGCACGAGGAGAAGUUGUCUCAGGCAUUUUUGUCAUCGGCAUCCAAGUCCAUGCAGUUCGGCCCUGACGGACUGCUAGACAAUUGCCAGAUGAACGAGGAGAUUCGCCGUCGGUUAUCCUUGUACUCACUCUGUCGCCUGGUGAUCGUUGAUGCUGUCACACGAUCCUUCUUCGGGAACCACCUCCACAACAUCGACCCGGAUAUUGUUGAGCACAUGAUCAGCUUCAACCGAUACGCGUGGAUGGUUGUCUUUGGCUUCGGCACAGGCCUCUUUGAGACACCGGUGGCCAAGCCCCAAAAGGCGCUGAUGGCUGCUCUGAAAGGAGAAGAGGCGUGGGUUCUUAAGCAGUUGCUUCCCGUCAUGGACCUCGUUGGCAUUGACGUCGAGUCGCGCGCCGCAAUGCUGCUAAUGAGCUACUGGGCUGCGAUCUCUAAUGAGUACAAUGUCACCUUUUGGAUUCUGGCAUAUCUUCUUUAUGACGAAUCCCUCUUUCUGGCUGUUAAGCAAGAAACCGAAGCCGCUUGGCGGCAGCCGCCACCUUCCGUGGCAUCUCCUAGUUCUGGAGGUGAAGACCAAGACGAGCAGUUGGAUGUCAUGUAUCUUAGCGCCAACAGCCCCAGACUCGAAGCGAUUUUCAACGAGACAUUACGCCUCCGAAAUGGGGCUGGAGCAAUCCGCGAGGUAACCAAAACAUGCGUCAUUGGGGGCAAAGUUUUCCAGGCAGGGAAUUCUCUCAUGAUCCCCUUCCGCCAACUUCACACGAACGAGAAGGUCUGGGGCCCGACGGUCAAUAACUUUGAUCCCUCGCGGUUCUUGGACAAGAAAAGCCUGGCACGACAUCCAUCGUUCCGCCCUUUCGGGGGCGGGGCGACCAUGUGCGCCGGCAAAACGCUCGCCAAGGAAGAGGUGUUCGGCUUCAUUGCCAUUCUGUUGCGCCGAUUCGAUGUCAGACUGGCGGCAGGGGCCCCACUAGAUGAGACAGCAAGUCGUCCCUCGAAGGAUGGCAGCCCGAACAUUGGCAGAAUCCCGCCGUUCCCUCUCAUGAAUGACACAGUACCGUCGUUGGGCAUCAACGGACCCAUAGAUGGCAUGGAUGUAAUCGUCGAUAUCACUACUCGAUGCCCUAAGAAAGGAUAA